AUGACCAGGACACAACACCAACUGCAUCCCACAAAGUCCUUCCCCGUCUAUUGCCUCGACUGGACAGACGACGCUACUCUCCUCCUCGGCGGCGGCGGCGGCGCCACUAAGAGUGGGAUCGGGAACAAGCUGAAACUUGUCGACGUGUCCCGUGAUGGCCGCCGCAUCAAAGAUGUGUACGAGCUUAGGCUCAGCAGCGAGGAAGACGCGCCGAUGACGCUGGCCCUCGACCGUGCUACGUCGCAGCUCGUCACUGGCAUCAACGCAUCUCAGGAGUCGAUUGAGGGCGGCAAGAACGAGCAGUGCCGCACUUUUUCGUACGCCGACAAAAGACUCGCCUUCGUCCGUUCGCAGAAUACGAUCAGUGCACAAUGGUCUGAUGACUACCCAUAUCAGAAACUGACCGCGCUCUCCAUCCCGCCUACCGAGGGUGCGUCCGCCUCAUUCGUCGCUACAGGCACGACGGAGAACCGGGUCACUGUCCUCAAGUUCCCAUCGCUCGACAUCGUUGUGCCUCCGUUUGAUGUCGAUGGAGGGGAUCUCGUCGACCUGAACUGGGGAGGGCCUCUCGGUACAUUGCUCGCAGUCACGACUACCUCGCAAUUACAUGUCUACGCCUUCGCCUCAGGAAAGCUCACGCUGAUGCAAUCGAUCGCGGCGCCUAAGGGCGAUGACGCCGUCCUGGCAUUCCGUGCGGCUCGUUUCGCUCCAGACUCACCUGAGCGCCCGUCCCUCCUCGCUGCGUUAAAUUCUGCCGCGCAGCCCCGUCGCGAUGCGCGCCGGAAGGCACGUAAAUCUUACGUCGCCAAGUUUGAGCCUUCGACGGCACUGGUCGAGGAGGUUGCAGAGAAGGACGAGAAGCAGGAGACCCUUGACGAGAAGGCAGACGACAAGGCCGCUGAAGAACCUUCCCUCUCGUGGAAGUUUUCAAACAAGCGCGAAGUUGCAGGCAAGCCCAUCACCGUGUUCGACGUGAGUCCGAAUGGACGUCUCGUGUCGUUUGGCUGCUCCGACCUCUCGAUCGGCAUGCUCGACGCACACACACUAUCUCCCCUCCUCAAGAUUCUACACGCACACUCGUUCCCCCCCACUGCUCUCAAGUUCAACCCUACCGCGACAAUGCUUGUCUCUGCCAGCGCGGACAACACGAUCCGCAUCGUCGUCGUACCAUCCAGCUUUGGCGCUAGUGUACCCUCCACGCUCGUCAUGCUCAUCCUUGCCCUGUUUGUGUUUUUGCUAGCAGUCCUCUUGCGCAAGUAG